AUUACCGAGUUCUGAUUCUCAAAUUCCAAUCUCCGAUCUGAAAAUUGUUUGGCUUCUCCGAAAUGUCAUCGCCGCCAACUGUAUUGUCUCUGACCGCGUCGAUGGUUAAUAACAUCAUCCUCGACCCGGCCCAAUAUUACUUCAAAUCUGCCAUUGGCUACCUCAUCUCUCUAUCCUCCACUCGGCGCACCAUUGUCAUCCACGAGUUCCGUGGAAGAAUAACUCGUAAUGAACUCUACGAAGCCGCGGAGACAUACCUCGGUACGAAAAUCAGCCCCGACACCAAGCGAUUCGCAGUUCACAAAACUAAGAGAGAGAAAAAACUCAACAGCAGCAUCGAGAACAACCAAGAGAUCGUCGAUAUAUACCAGAACGUUCAACUAAAAUGGAGAUUCGCCAUCGCUGAGUCUCAGAACCCGAAUAAGGCAGAUAAAAAAUUCUUUGAGCUCACUUUUCACAAGAAGUUCAAAGAAAAAGUGUUGGACGGGUAUUUACCCUUUGUUCUGGAGGAGUACCAAAAGAUAAUGAAUAAUGACAAGGUGAGGAAGCUCUAUGCUAUGAAUCUGUCUGAUGAUUACGGCGAAAUUGGAAGGAAUUGGGGUUCGAUCAAUUUUGAGCAUCCGGCAACGUUUGAAACUCUUGCUAUAGAGGAAAAGACGAAGAAGGCGAUAAUCAAGGAUUUGGACAAAUUUGUGAGCAGAGAAGAAUUUUACAAGACGGUUGGGAAGCCUUGGAAGAGGGGAUACUUGUUGUAUGGGCCUCCAGGGACUGGGAAAUCGAGCCUGGUUGCAGCCAUGGCAAAUUACUUGAAUUAUGAUAUAUAUGACUUGGAGCUUACCAGUGUGAAGACAAACGCGGAUUUGAGGAGAAUUUUGGCGACCACUACGAAUCGAUCGAUCCUUGUCAUAGAGGACAUCGAUUGCAGUGUCGAGUUGCGAAACCGGCAGUUGGGGAAUGGCUCCUACAACAAGAAGUUAACACUGUCGGGGCUAUUGAACUUCAUAGAUGGAUUGUGGUCGAGUUGUGGAGAUGAACGAAUCAUUAUUUUCACAACUAACUACAAGGACCGUCUUGAUCCUGCUCUGCUGCGAUCGGGUCGAAUGGACAUGUUCAUUCACAUGCCUUACUGUACAACUCAAGGAUUUAAGGUCUUGGCGUCCAACUACCUUGGCAUCAACGGUCACCACAAGCUCUAUGGUGAGAUCAAAGGCCUAAUUGAGGAUGUACAGGUGACCCCUGCAGAAAUUGCUGGGGAGCUAAUGAAGAGCGACAAUGCUCGUAUUGCUCUCGGUGAAGUAGUUAAUUUCCUAAAGCGAAAGAAGUUUAAAGAACAUGAUAUCGAGGAAGAUAAAUGUAGUGGAUCUGAAAAGGAAGCAAAGAGGAUGAAAAGGAAGAAGAUUGCUGAUAGGACUACAAGGAACUGUAGAAAAAUAACCACCGGAGUAGGAAGUCGUCGAUGCUGA